ACAGCUGAGACAGACAGCAAACAAACAGCGGGCGGGAGCUUUGUGCUGUGUCUGCUGGGAAACAUGAAAAAAGUUUUUUUUUCCCUCAUUCGUCUUUCUGUACUCUUACUCAGUUUCUCCAUCAUUUGUCUGGGAGUCCUUUGCAUCUACACAGGUUCCCCUGCAUGCGGAUGUGGGAAUAAAAAGUUGGUUGCUUACUGCCUGUUAACUCUGGGGCUCCUGCUCCUUGUGGCUGGCGUUUUCUGGAGCACGGUCCAUGAAGCCAUGAAAUACGGGGGCCUCAGCAGCAUCUUCAUGAGAAACCCUGACCUUACAGAGCUCCGUGUCAGCACCAUAGACAGGCCUGAUUUCUACCCACCAUCCUACGAAGACAGCACUGACCCUGGGAAGCAGACCUUCCCACUACCUGUGGGCUCUGCACCAAAAGAACAAGAAGUUAUCAACAUGCCACCACCGCUGUACAGCGAGAGCAGCACAGAGUCCAUCACUGAGAUGAAUGAGCCAGAGCAGCCCCCACCGUAUGAACUACCUGGCCAGGUUCUGAGCCCAGUGAGGGAGUCAGAUGCUUGUGCACUCACACAGGACAGUGUUUGCUGAUAGCAGACAGGUAACAAAGGACGUCAGACAGAGCACAGAACAGACAGGCAGGGAUGCAUGUCGGUGCUGCCUGGUACUGCACUACUCAGGGUAGAACCACCCAGGAAAAGCACUGUCUGUUUUCAUGUUUGAGUGGAGCUGGAGGGGGUAUGCAGAAAGGUGCUCAGCAUUUCCAAGGAGAAGGAGGGUCUCUGGUCUACAGGGUUUGCUCAAGGAGAUGCCACCCAAUGUGAUCACAGUGCUUAUUCACAUGGAAAUAGUCACCUCUGCAUAACACUACCAAGGGACUUAGAAGAGAGCAAACAAGCUGCCGGCUGUGUUCGGGAGAGCAUUAGUAGGAUGCAUCAAGAGAUACACCCUGCUGUUACUGUGCAGCCUGCAGGAGGCACUCGUUGGAGACUGGUGCUUACCCAGUGUUAAGAGACAACCUCUACCCCUCCCACGAGGUGUAAGCACUGCUGCUCUGACAGCCUGUCCUUUACAGCGUUGGGUGCAACUGCAAAUCCUUCUGAAAGAAAUGUAACAGUAAACAGCUCUGAGGGAACAGAUAUCAGCGGGAAAUCACCUGCUAGCUUCAUCGCAACUACAGCUUUAAAACUUGAUGCUAAAGCAAUUCUACCCAAAUGGCACCAGGGGCUUUGCUACUUAAUCAUUGUUGUUUGAGAUUUGCAGCCAGGUAAGGAAGUAUGCAUGCAAGAAAGUUACCUUACAAAAUCAGAUGUGCUGCUCCAUCAAGUUUUGUACUAAAUAGAAAAGAAAAAAAUCCUACUGCUUAAUAUUGUGUUUUUUGAAAUGGCCAUAAAUGAAAAACCUAACUAGCUGUUUUUUUCAUAAAAAGUACUACCUCCUUUUUCUGUGUCCCAUACCACAGAAAUACUCUUGACAUGCAAACAAAUAUUGUAUCUUAGAAAAGUCAACGUCACUGACAAAAGGAGUCAUUUCUUAUGCUGCAAGAAGGAUGCUAAUGAUGGGAGAAUUUCUUGAGAACAGCCCUGCUGAGAAGAAAUUGGGGGUUCUGGUAGAUGAAAAACAUGAGGCAGAAGUGAGCACUUGCAGCCCACAAGGCCAGCGUUAUCCUGGGCUGCAUCAGAGAGGGGUGGCCAGCAGGGAGAGGGAGGGAAUUGUCCCCCUCUGCUCUGCCCUUGUGAGGCCCCAUCUGGAGUACUGCUUCCAGGCCUGGGGCCCCCAGUAUAGGAAAGAUGUGGAGCUGUUGGAGAGGGUCCAGAGGAGCGCCACAGAAAUUACCCGAGGGCUGGAGCACCUCUCCUGUGAAGACAGGCUGGGAGAACUGUGCCUGUUCAGUCUGGAGAAAAGGAUGUGGGGACGCCUUGUUAUGGCCUUUCAGUAUUUAAAGGAAGAUUAUAAUCAGGAAGGAAAUCUUGUUUAUAAUCUUGUUUAAUGUUUUACAAUGAUAGGACAAGGGGGGAUGCUUUUAAACUAAAGGAGAGAAGAUUUAGAUUAGAUGUCAGAGAAGUUUUUCAUUGAGAGAGUGGUGAGAGUGGUGCUGGCACAGGCUGCCCAGAGAGGCUGUGGGUGCCCCAUCCCUGGAGGUGUUCAAGGCCAAGCUGGAUGGGGACCUGGGCAGCCUGAGCUGCUUGAUCUAGCAGCUGGCAACCCUGCCUGUGGCAGGAGGCUUGGAACUUGAUCCGUAAAGUCUCUUACAACUCAAACCAUUCUAUGAUUUUAGGGAGCUUCAUGUUACCAGUUCUAAAUGUCUUGUGUCUCACAAGGAGUUUUGGCUGAAAGUUUUCAUUUGUGCUUUUAUAACAAUAGCUGACUUGGGAAACCUACUAAUUCACCAGCUUUUGUCUGGAAUUUGUAACAUUCGUAGCUACUGAAUAUUUUUGUAGCAUAUACUGUUGAAGCUGCUUGUUUUAUUUUGCAGUACUAGUACUUGGUAAUUUACUACUGAAUUUGUGAAUAAAUUUUGUAUUUAAAACCAA